UCAUGUUCGUGGAAAAAAUGGCGAGUCGUCGCAUUGAAGUGUUGUGUGGACAUCUAGGCACUCAAAAGGAACUCAAAUGCACCCCGUCCCCGGUCACCAGAAAUGAUACCAGUGCAGGCUCAGCUCAGCCAUCACCAGGCAGCAGCUCGACCAACCCCCAGUAUGUUGUACCCAACACUCUGCUAAGCCCAGAACAAGUGGCUUCAUUUGAGAAAGAUGGCUUCUUGGUGGUGCGCAAUCUUGUAUCCCAUAACCUAAUUGACCAAUGCAGGCAGCGUUUUGCAGACAUAUGCAAUGGUACGGUGGACUCAAGAGGUAUGGUGGUAAUGCGUGAUGUAGCCAUCGCCAAGUCAGAGUUUAAAGAAGGGGAACAAGCUGUUACCAAGCUCCAGGAAUACCAGGAUGAUCCUGUGCUAUUUCAAUAUUGCAGCACACCAGAGAUUAUAAAGUACGUUGAGUGUUUUACUGGGCCUAACAUCAAAGCAAUGCACACCAUGCUGAUAAACAAGCCCCCAGAUGCAGGAUCCAAAUCAUCUCGUCACCCCAUGCACCAGGAUCUCCAUUACUUCCCAUUCAGACCAGCUGAUCGUAUCGUCUGUUCAUGGACAGCUAUGGAGAAGGUGAACCGCUCCAAUGGCUGCUUGGUUGUGCUACCCGGUACCCAUAAGACUGAGCUACUGCAGCAUGAAUAUCCAAAAUGGCAGGGUGGUGUGAAUAAGAUGUAUCAUGGUAUCCGUGACUAUAACCCUGACCAUCCCCGUGUGCAUCUUGUGAUGGAUAAGGGAGACACUGUAUUCUUUCAUCCACUCCUGAUCCAUGGCUCUGGUAUGAACCGCACUGAAGGAUUCAGAAAGGCAAUUUCUUGCCAUUAUGCGGCAGCAGAGUGCCACUAUAUAGAUGUCCAAGGAACCGUCCAGCAAAACAUCGCCGACGAGGUCUUCCAAAUCGUCAAGAGGAAGUACGGUGACAGCAUAGACCUCCAAUACAUGGACGUUUGGAAGUUCAAAGGUCGUCUCGUUCAUGGACAUGAUGUAAAUCUGUAAUGGCUCCAUUCAAGAUGAUUUAUAUUAAAGGGUCACGCUAUAUUUGGAUUUGCAAUUAAUGUUUUGAAGGCACUGGACACCAUUGGGUAUCACUCAAAAUAAUUGUUGGCACAAAAACAUACUUGGUAACGAGCAAU